CACAGCCACUAACAGAUGAACACAGUGCUACAGUAGACAACAAAGGAACGCUCACUAAACGCGACGCAGGGAAAGACCGAGAGGGAGGGGGCAAAGACAUGAUUCUAAACAACACGAGCGAGAAGAAUUUCACGAUCCACCACGAUCAUCCGGGGAUCGACCUGUUGAUCGGGGUCAACCACUUGGACACCCCUGCUCUAGGUGAAGUGUUUGGUCAGAUCAUGACCUGA